AUGCUUUCUCAACACCUGCAUGCCAUCGCCUGCGUCUCUGGUGCCACCAGCGUUAUUGCAGGCGCCUUUGGUGCCCAUGCACUCCGUGGCCGCUUGACUCCUUAUCAGCUCGCAUCAUGGGACAAGGCAGUCCUGUACCAGCUCGUCCACUCUGUCGCCCUGCUCUCCCUCGCCUCGUCCCCGUCCUGCCUGAGCGGGACCUCGCCGCAUCACAGAUUCGCUGGCAAUGCGUGGAUUGCGGGCAUCGCGCUGUUCAGUGGUAGCAUCUAUGGCCUCUGCUUGACCAAGGAAGGCAACGCCAUUCGCAAGGUGCUCGGUCCAGCCACCCCGCUCGGUGGACUGUCGCUCAUCGUCGGUUGGGCCGCACUCGCUCUCGCAAAGAAGCCAACUGGACGCCUCUUUUGA